GCACGUUGAGCACUCCGGCAGAUGUAAACCCCGCCUUUUCUUUCCUCCUCUUGCUCACUUGUUGUAGUCGGCGUGCGCCUCCUCACUUCGUCAGUACGGAAGGUAACUCCGUGCGUAAAAGCCGCACCUUGGAUCCGCUCUGCCUCUCGCUCAAAGUAUUCCUAGAAAUGCGCUUUUAUUGACCAAUUGGUGAUUUAAAGCGGGCCGAGCAUUACUCUUAUGGUCAUUUCGAUGUCCUUUCUGUCUGAAGUGUUAUUGUGGCGUUGUUCCAAGCGUGCCCCCCCUAUGCCUCCUCGUACGAGUCGAUUCACCCGCUCGCUGCUGCGUGAGACCAGUCCGCAAGGUGCAAAGCAAAUGAAGACGAAUAAAGUGGGGAGCUAAUUGCCAAUGCUGGAUUUAAACGGAGGCAACAGAACGCAAGCAGCGACCGAGAACCGCUCAAACUUAUGGCGUGAAGGGCCGGUUGGUGGCCUGCAUCACUCACAGCUAAUGGAUGUCUUUACCCACUAUGCUUACAACGACAGUUUCUAUGACAAUGGAACUUGGGGCUUCAACGAGACCGAUCAAGAGCAGAAGCAUGCGUACAACUACUACGCCAUGCUGCUCACGCUGCUCAUCUUCGUCAUCGUCUUCGGCAACGUGUUGGUGUGCAUGGCGGUGUCGCGGGAGAAAGCCCUGCAGACCACCACCAACUACUUGAUCGUCAGCCUGGCAGUCGCUGACCUUCUGGUGGCCACGCUGGUCAUGCCCUGGGUCGUCUACUUGGAGGUCGUCAGGGAGUGGCGCUUUAGCAAGAUCCAUUGUGACAUCUUUGUCACCCUCGAUGUGAUGAUGUGUACAGCCAGCAUCCUCAAUCUGUGUGCCAUCAGCAUUGAUCGUUACACAGCAGUUGCAAUGCCGAUGCUGUACAACACCCGCUACAGUUCUAGAAGAAGGGUGACGAUCAUGAUCUCAGUGGUGUGGGUCCUCUCUUUCGCCAUAUCCUGUCCUCUUCUUUUUGGGCUGAAUAACACAGCAACUCGGGAAGCGUCGCUGUGUGUGAUCGCCAACCCGGCCUUUGUGGUGUACUCCUCCAUCGUGUCCUUUUAUGUCCCCUUCAUCAUCACGCUGCUGGUUUACGUGCAAAUCUACGUGGUUCUGAGGAAGCGCAGGAAGCGUGUGAACACCAAACCCAAGCAGCGACAGGGUCAGGCCGCCGUCCCUGGCGUGGCCACGUCACUCAAGGCGUGCACUCACCCAGAAGAUGUGAGGCUGUGCACGGUGAUUGUCAAGUCAAACGGGAGUUUUCCCGCCAACAAGAAGAAGGUGUUAUUUAUUAAAGACGUCGCUACCAAGGGUGAAGAUGUGGAACUGGAAGAGCUCAACAGCGGAAGCAGCAGCCAUAAACAGAAGCCACAAUGCAAGCUGGGAGACACUCCAGCCACCAGCCACCAGCGGCUGAUGCCAGCUAAGGCCAAUGCUAGCCCCACUUCCUCGCCCCCGACACCCCCGGACGAAAGCCAGAGAGCGGAUGAGAACGGCGACCCCAGCAAGGAAGCCCUGGGAGAUUCCACGCAAAUGGUGACUAAAGUUUUCCAGACGCAAACCCUGCCGAACGGCAAGACGCAGACAUCUUUGAAAAGCAUGAGCAAGAGGAAGAUUUCCCAGCAAAAGGAGAAGAAGGCCACGCAGAUGUUAGCCAUUGUCCUCGGUGUAUUCAUCAUAUGCUGGCUGCCGUUUUUCAUUACACACAUCUUGAACACCCACUGCACAAAAUGCAAGGUUCCUGCCGAAGUGUACAAUGCUUUCACAUGGCUGGGCUAUGUCAAUAGCGCUGUGAAUCCCAUCAUCUACACCACUUUUAACAUCGAGUUCCGAAAAGCAUUCAUGAAGAUUUUGCACUGCUGAAACGCAGCGAGGCUUUUUAAGACUGAAGGAUGAACACGAGCGUGUCGCCAGGCAAAUACCUCAUCUUGGAAAGGAGAAUGCACCGCAGGGGCUAACUGAAAUGUACUUUUCAAAGUCAGGGAGUAAAGUUACAGAAGCUCGGAGCUGCUGAUGUGGAGUAAAAAAAAUAUAUUUUGACUGGCAAAUGCGUUCGGAUAUACUUGCGAGUACGUUCAAACGAGCUUGUAUGCUAACUGCUACAAUUGUAGCAUUUUACCAUAAUGCAAUGGGCGUAUUGACUUACGCAUUCACAAGUAAAAGAAAGCUGUUUCUUUAGCAUUUAGCCUACAAGUACUUUCGAACCUAUUUGCGAGUAGGUUUUUUUUUUUCUCUGCGAAACGCUGAAUGUAAAACAAAAAAAAAAAAUGUCUGUAGCAAUGGCUUCUUCGGAAAAUACAAAUGUAAAUUGUUCUCUGAAAAAGAAAAGCAUUGUGCUUGUCACCAUUUAAUGUAAACGCCGCACACAAAAAUUGCUAUUUAUUCUGUGUAUUUCUUGUUUAUACAGGUGUGUGUGUAUGUAUGUGUGUAUAUGUGUGUGUGUAUAUAUCUAUAUAUAU